AUGUUCUGCCUUGUAGAUAAAAGGUGCUAUCUCAGUACGACUAUGAUACGAGUUUGGUAUCAUGUGUCGAGCCUUGCUUUCAGAGUGUUCUCUAAAGCUGUUGUUACGUUUACAGAAAGGAGUCAGGGCAUUGUUAUUGCACUACAAUGUUCUAAAGGUGGACAAAACAGACUGGAUAUUUGGAUUCAGGGGAGAUUGAUGUUUGCAUGUGAUGUUGCCAAGAGGUGA